AUGGCAAAAGUUAACCCAGAAUUAAGAAAAGAAAGGUAUGUCUCAGUUGGGCAGCGCGAACAAAGCUUAUGAAAAGUCAGAGCAGCAGAACUUCAAAAAGAAGAGCCAAGGCUAAGAGAGAACCCUGAUUAUGCCAAAAUUAAAUGAAUUCUAUACCCAGAUGACCACUUUAUUGAAAUAUGAAAUGUUGUAACUACUUUGCUAUUACUUUACACAGGAAUUGUAAGUCCAUAUAAGGAUCCCCCCUAAUUUUGUCCAAUUUCUACUCUUUUUUUUCUAACUCCCCCCCCCCCUCCGUGAACAAAACCAUUAGAAAAAUCGCCAUUUUUUGACCAAAAAACCCACCCUCCGUGAGUGAACAAAAAUUUUUUUAAUAGAAAAAAUUUUAAUGGAAAAAAAUUUUGAUAUAUAAGUGAUAAUUAGUAUAAUGAAAUCUAGAGCUAAUUCUGUUUAAUUUUAAACAAAUUGCGUUUUUAAAACAUAAAUUUUGCAAAUUAAAUUAAUAUUUGCUUCCCAAUUUUUGCAAAUUAGGAUUUUUUUAAAUUUCGAAAAAAAUAUUUUUUUAUAAAAUUUAUAUAUAAAUUUUUUUUAAAAAAAAAAAUUAACCCCCCUCCGUGAGCGAACAAAAUUUUUUUGUUCGCUCACGGAGGGGGGGGGGGAGUAAAAAAAAAAUUUUUCAGGACUUCAUUUGUCCCAAAAUCUAGUUAAAAAUGAUUUGUCCCAUUUUCUAGUUUUUUUGAUUUUUUCGAAUGUCCUAAUUUUGGUUUUUUACUUUAAAAAAACUAGAAAAUGAGACAAUUGAGGUCCUGAAAUUUUUUUUUCUAUCAAUAUUUUGACUAGAAAAUUUGACAAUGAGGUCCUAAAAAAAUUUUUUCCUAUAAAAAAACUAGAAAAAUGGAAAACGAUAAAAGACUAGAAAAUUGGACAAAUGAUGGGGGGGAUCCUUAGAAUUGCUUUAUAUAAUUAUGAUCCAAUAGAGUGAUACAUAGCAGAACUAAUUGUGAAUUGUUUUUAUUUUAUUGAUGUUAUAUUAAACUGCUUUCUUGCCUAUUAUGAUCAGGACAUGAACAUUGUUGUCAGCCAUAAAAAAAUAUUUUGCAAUUAUGCAAAAGGCUGACUUGUUUUGGACAUUUUAGCAUGUCUCCCGUACCAAGCCAUGAUCCAAACUUCAACAAAUUAUUCCUCAUUAGCAAGGAUGGGAAGGCUGCCAAGAAUAUAUAAAUUGGUGAAAAUGGGUAAACUGAUGAGGAUGAUGAAAUUGAUUAAAACCAGGACAAGGGUUAUGAGAUAUAUGAAUAGUAUUUUACAGAUCGACAUUGGGAUUGAAAGACUGGUAUGGUUUUUCUUAACUUACUUGGUGCUCAUACAUUUACUUGCUUGCUUAUGAAUUUUCAUUGGAAAUCUCUAUCUGAAUUAUGAUUAUAAUAACUGAAUCAUGCAAAGCGGGUAUCAAGAUGAAGAGGGAUUUGAUUUAUAUAUAAUCGCGUUUUAUUGGUCCGUCACAACUUUAUCGACUGUAGGAUAUGGAGAAAUUCAUGCUUGAAAUCUCCCAGAACGCUUAGUCGCAACUCUAGUUAUGGUUGUAGGGAUAUUUUUUUACUCAUUCAUUAUUGGGUCAUUAAGUAGCUUACUUACUAAUUUAGAUUCCCGUACAUCGAAAAUGAACAGAAAGCUGGACAUUCUCAAAAGCCUGUCAAGGCAAUAUAAGUUUAGCCCUGAGUUUUAUUCAAAGAUUUCUAAUGCUAUAGAGUACCACUAUAAGCAAACCAAGCUUGAUUUAGACGAAAUUCUUGAGGACUUGCCUUUAAAUUUAAGAACUCAGCUUUUGCUAGUCAUUUAUCAACAAAUGCUCGAAAAUAAUGCUUUUUUCGAACAUAAACCGUCAUAUUUUGUUGCUUACGUAGCUCCUCUAUUGAAGCCUCAGCGGGUUGAGGAAGGAGAAAUUAUCUAUAAGAAAGGCGAUUUUGCCUCCGAAAUGUAUUUCAUUGUCAGCGGACAAGUGGCAAUGAUGACUGCUGUAAGUGGAGGAGAAAUGAUACCUUUCAAUGUACUAACAGAAGGAUAUUAUUUCGGAGAAAUUGAUAUUUUGUUUUCUGAGGAAAAAGAAAGGCUUUAUGAUGUAAAAGCGUUGGAAUCUUCUGAGCUUUUAAUAUUCCCAAGAGAUGAUUUUGAAACUAUGCUUAAAAUGUUUACAGAAGAGUGUAUAGAAGUUCUGGCUCUUGCUCAGCAAAGGCAUCAGAGAUUAAAAGAAAAAUGCGAAGAAGCAGAAAAAGAGUUCUUGGAAAGGAAAAGAAUUAAAAGAUUUCAGAGCUUUCCUAAUGCCAUAUUCUCAAAAGAGGAGUUCUUAAACCAAGCCAAAAAGGGCUUGAAAAUGGAAGAAGCAGAAGAAAUCGAAGAUUGAUUGAUUAAUUAAUUAGAAUAUGUCUUUGGGGUUUAUUUCAGCCCCUCUCUGCCUUCACCGACUUCAGGCUUGCGCCCUAAGCAUCGGGUCGCACUCACACUCUUUUUUUGACGACGUCACCAAAAAAUGGUGACAUCAGCAGCUCACGGGAAGACGCACCCAGGCACUUCCUUGGACAACCUCUAUCGGCCCUGGCCAACCUGGAGAUGGGACCUGGCUGGAUAUUUCCGAACCCUCCUUCUGGUCUCCCUUACCCUUCGCUCCAAAAGUGUGAGGUUGCUAUAUGGAUUCUCCUUGUCUCUGGGUCGGGGCAAAAACCCUAUCUGGAGUCCGACAGGGAUAAAAAGCCACCCAUGACACAAAUUCCGAACUUUGUCCCUCUGAGACCCGAAGUAGCCAAGAGGUGAUGGUAGAAGGACUGGUUGGAUAGUCAGCCAUUUUAUUUGUGUGAAAUCGAAGAAGAAGAAAAUGAAAUUCACACCGAUGAUGAACAAAAAAAUAGCAAUGAAGAAGAGCAGAUAGAUGCGCCUGCUAUAAAUGAAGAAACAAAUCCAGAAACAGCUCGACCAGAAGACAAUAAAAUAGCUUGAUUUGAAAACUUGAAAAAAAAUAAAUCACUGUACCAUGAAAUUCUGGGAGACACACUCGGAAUCAACGAAGAAGAAGAGCUCAAGAAAAAAGUUUCUAAGCUGGAAAGAAGGGUUGAAGAAGUGAAAAAUGCUAUUGUUGCAAUAGCAGAUGUGCUUGGCCUUGGAUGGGCUAUUGACUCUGAAAAAACGACGCCAUCAGCAACUUUAACUUCUUUGCAAACUAGCUUUAAUUCGUCAGCAGGCCAAGGAUUAAUGGCAAAGCUACUAAAAGAAGUAAGCAAAAUUAGCCAAAAGGGGGAACAUCACCCCUCAUAG